AUGGCGGCGGAGUGUUGUAGCGGGCGGCGGAGGAUAUGCAGGUACAAGCGGAAGGCGGCUGCGCGGCGAAGGUCCGGUGGCCGGAAUUUGGGCGUGAAAUGGACUGCCGGAACAUUGCCCCCGCCGCCUGCGAAGCGCUGGUCUGGUGUCAGUAGCUCCGACCGCCGUCAUCCUCUCUCCCUCUCCUACCUCGGUUCGAUCUCCACCUUCGACCAACUCAUCCUCCUCGAUCUCCGCCAUCACCGACAAUAUCUCCCGCUCACCAAAAUACAUGAAGCUCGUUGCUUCACCUGUGAGAUCCCGCCCGAGCUCCCAUCCCCAGGCAGCCUCAUUCGCCUCAAACUCUCCGACAACAACCUCUCUCUGCCGCCUGGUCCCCCCAAAACAUCCCUGGAUGUCUCGUCUCCUCACCGUCAAAAUCAGAUACAAUCAAAUCACCAAAAAAACCCCAAAUUCGUCGAUUUAAACCUAAAUUUUUGGGUUCACAGAGGUGAAGGCGGUGAAAAGGAUGAUAUACAGGACGAAUCGACGGCAGAAGCUCCGGCGACAAAUACGGUGGUCGGAUGGCGGAAUGGGGCCGCGACGGUGACGGCGGCGGCGGACGGAUGUCGCGAACGAGACGGCGGCGAUAAGUGUAGGUCUGCGAGCUCUCAGGGAAGACAAAACCGAGCCCAUCUGCUCCUACAUUGGCGAGGUCAGGCGGCGCGUGGUUGUCGGAGAAGGGCCGACGGGGUACUUCACGGCCGAAUUCACAUCGAACUGACAUUGACGGGACGGCGGCAAGUGGCGGACAGUAGAGGUUGUCGAGCUUGGUUUCAGAUCUCGUCCGAAGGAAGCAGUCCUCGAGAUCGGCGGCGGAGGAGGCGGCCUCGGCUGAGGCGGGUGACGUCGGUAAUUGGCAGCAGGCGGCAGGCGGCGGGAGGAUUGCCUGACGUUCGUGGAGUGAAAGGGAGCAACCUGACCCGGCCCGACCCGGGGAUGCGUGAGUAG